AUGGUGCAAACCUUCGACAUAGACGAAGUUCGUAGCCACUUCCCCGCUCUUAGCGCCAGCCAGACUUAUCUGGACAAUGCUGGGGGAAGUCAAGUACUUAGGGAGGUCAUAGACUCAAUCUCCAAAUACCUGUCGAGUUCGAAUGUCCAGAUGGGAUCGACGUAUGCCAUCGGGCAGGAAUCGACCAAGCGGUAUACGGAUGGAUAUCGUGCUGCGGCAUCUUUCAUCAACGCCGAUGUUGACGAGAUCGUAAUUGGCGGAUCGACAACUCAGCUGCUCCGGAACCUGUCGGAGGCACUCGAGUUCAAGAGCGGGGAUGAGUUGAUCGUCUCCAAGGUCGACCACGAAGCCAAUAUUUCAUCGUGGAUUUCGAUUGCAGACCGCUUGAAGUUGACUUUGAAGUGGUGGGCUCCCCCAAAUUCCACCAAUCCAAAACUCGAAGCGGAGCAACUCGAUGCUCUAUUGACUCCAAAGACCAGACUGGUCUCCUGUACUCACUCUAGUAACGUUCUCGGAACCAUCCAUGAUAUAAAAGCGAUUGCCGAGAAGGUUCAUACUGUUCAAGGCGCAAGAUUGUGUGUCGAUGGUGUCGCGUUUCUGCCUCAUAGGCGUAUUGAUGUCCGAGACCUUGGGGUGGACUUCUAUUGCUUCUCGUGGUAUAAGGUCUACGGACCGCACAUUGGGAUGCUAUAUGCAAGCAGGGAAGCUCAGAAGGACCUGCUGUCCCUGGGACAUUUCUUCGAUCCGACAGACACCCUGGAGUACAAGCUCGGGCUGGCUGCAUCGAAUUACGAGCUUACGCAAUCCAUCCCUCACAUAGUGGAGUAUCUUGGAGGUGACUCCUGGCAGACUCUGUACGAUGGCAUCGCGGAGCAUGAAAGGAAGCUUCAAAGUGUUCUGCUUGACUACCUGUCCAGCAAAGAAGGUGUCACUAUCUACGGUGAGACGAUGCCAGACCCAUCUAUACGCUUUCCCACGAUCAGCUUCAUCGUCAAAGGAAGAAGUUCGAAGGAAAUUGUGGAGUCAGUUGAGGCGAUUUCUGGCUUCGGGUUCCGUUGGGGUCAUUUCUAUUCUAAACGGCUGGUCGAGCAGAUGCUUGAUGCUGGACCAGAGGGUGUUGUUCGGGUCAGUGCUGUCCAUUACAACACAGUGGACGAGAUGGCUGCCUUGGUCAAAGUCUUGGAUCAAGUCCUUGGUGUCUACUAGCCAGGGUUUUGGAUAGGAUUGCUCCAGUAGAGGUUGGAGGAUGCCCGAAUUGUGUGUCCAUAUUGCUCUUAGAAUAGCAUUUCAGGUAUUAAAUUAACCUGAAGGCCGUACAACGCAAGAACGCCGUUUAUGGAACCUGGACUGAUUCGAAUAUCUGAAAGUCUGGUGCUGAGGGC